AUGGCUCUCCUGUGGCUGCUGAGCUGCCUGGCGCUGGCGGGCUCUGCCCGCGCUGCCUUCUCCGUGGCAAACUGCGGCGUGCCCGCCAUCGCACCCGUCAUCCGCGGCUACAACCGCAUCGUCAACGGGGAGCCGGCGGUGCCUGGGUCCUGGCCCUGGCAGGUGUCCCUGCAGCGCUACGGCAACUUCCACUUCUGCGGCGGGUCCCUGAUCAGCGAGCAGUGGGUGGUCACUGCUGCCCACUGCGGCGUCAAGACAACCGACACCGUGGUGCUGGGUGAGUACGACCAAGAGGCUGCCUCCAGUGACGUGCAGAGGCUGUCCAUCGCCAAGGUCUUCCGGAACCCCAGCUACAGCGCGCUGACCAUCCGCAACGACAUCACGCUGAUCAAGCUGGCCACCCCGGCGCAGCUGAACUCCCGCGUGUCCCCCGUCUGCCUGCCCCAGGCCACCGAUGACUUCCCUGGGGGCCUGACCUGCGUCACCACGGGCUGGGGGCUCACCGACGCCUCUGCUGACACGACGCCGGCGGUGCUGCAGCAAGUGGCCCUGCCCCUGCUCACCAACGCCCAGUGCAAGCAGUACUGGGGGUUCCGCAUCUACGACGUGAUGGUGUGCGCCGGCGCUGACGGAGCCUCCUCCUGCAUGGGCGACUCCGGUGGCCCGCUGGUGUGCCAGAAGAACGGAGCCUGGACCCUGGUGGGCAUCGUCUCGUGGGGCAGCAGCAGCUGCUCCACCUCCGUUCCUGGCGUCUAUGCCCGUGUCACCGAGCUGCGCAGCUGGAUCGACUCCGUGCUGGCGGCCAACUAA